AUGGCUGCAACAAGCAGCUGUAGGACCACUACUUUCUUCCCCCUCUCCGCCCCAAAACCACCGCCGCCGCUGCAAAAAUUCUCUCUGUCGCCCAAGCAUUAUCACCUCUGUUCUCACAGAUGCUCAAUUCCCUCUCUCGGCGUCAGCCAACCCCAAAUUUCUCCACCACCGGCGCACAUUAGAAAUCUUCCUCCUCCGGCCGUGUCUUCGCCUGAUACUUCCGUCGUCGAAGAAGAAGCAGAACAAAGUGGGACCCUCCUCGACGAUGAGGUGCCUCUAGACUCCGCCUCCCUUCCUCCCCUCGGGGGAUGUAAAGCCUGCGGUAGGGAAGAUAUUGAAAGGGGUUGUAAUGGUGAAGGAAGGAUUCAAGGUGGGAUAGCCACAAUCCCGGGCUUUGGUUGGUGGCCCAUUAAGGCUUAUCGUCCUUGUCCCGCUUAUGUGGCGUCAGGUGGUAGGUACAGACGAACGGGGCAGAGCAUGGACGAGGUUGUCUCCGGAGAAGUAAAGAGGGGAACGAGUGGUGGGGCUUGA